UUGAUCUGCGUCACAUGUGAAUACAAGAGAGGCAAAGUCAGCUGUCAAUACAUUCCCAAAAAGUCUUCCUUGGUGAUACUUGAGGAUCUACUAUAUACCAUACGUGCGUUUUGUUGUAGUUCUGACCUAGAUGCCGCGGAUAUAUGUAGUAGCGAGAGAUGUCGUAGCUCUGCGCUAAUAAGCUUUUUAGUAGGUAGGUGCCUUUUACUAAGAAUCGCGUUGCUCAUGAUGCUUGCAGCACAACUAGUGUUGAAGCGUUCUAAUCGCGCACAAUAA